UCGUUUUCAGGCACCCCUAUCCAUGACACAUCGAAGUGCGCACAGCCGUGCCGAUGGGGUUCAACGUUCAUCCUGCAUGCUCGUAGCAGAUUGGAAAGCAAAUGGCUUCAAGCAGCCUGUACCAGCCGUCUUUUCAUCGACAUUUCCCCUGGGUGUACCACGAACAACACGCUAUUAAGGUGGCAAGAUCCUUUGAAUCCUGAACGAAAUUUGCGUGUAUCGAAAAGUAGAACCAUGCACGCAGUCAUUCCACCCUCUAUUGACUGGAUUUUGUUGGCUCAUUCGCCACAGAUGGUUGUUU